AUGAAUCAAGAUCUUAUAACCUGUUAUUAUCUCUUUGGUAAAGCUCUAUCGGAACGGCUUGAACAUCACAAGAAAUCUAAUCCUCCAUAUGUUUCUUUGUUGUUAGUUAAUGAAGAAGUUAAAGAACAAAUUCCCAAUAUUACAGAUACUAAAA